AUGCCCCGCGCGCGGCGCUUUCCCGCCUCCCUCCGACCCCAAAUUUGGGAUUUAUUGGGGUCAGAUGCUUCAGGAAUUCCCAAAUUUGGGGAUUUUGGCCCCAAUCCCGAAUUUUUUCACUCCCAGAUCAUCCGAACGUUCCGGAUCGAGACCCGCAAAGCCUCCAAGGCCGUGGCCCGGCGCAAGAACUGGAAGAAAUUUGGGAAUUCCGAGUUCGACGCCCCCGGGCCCAACGUGGCCACGACGACCGUGAGCGACGACGUCUUCAUGACCUUCAUCACCAGCAAGGAGGACCUGAACUGCCAGGAGGUCCCUGUGGUGGCCCCAGGGGUCCCUGUGGUGGCCCCUGAGCACCUGGGGCUGUCCACGGGGGAGAAGGAGAAACUCCCUGGGGAGCCAGAGCCGGUGGCUGCUCAGGUGAGCAAGACGGGCAAGUACGUCCCACCCAGCCUGAGGGACGGGGCCAGCCGGCGUGGGGAGUCCAUGCAGCCCAACCGCCGAGCCGAUGACAACGCCACCAUCCGCGUCACCAACCUGUCGGAGGACACGCGCGAGACCGACCUGCAGGAGCUCUUCCGCCCCUUCGGCUCCAUCUCCCGCAUCUACCUGGCCAAGGACAAGACCACGGGCCAGUCCAAGGGUUUUGCCUUUAUCAGUUUCCACCGGCGCGAGGACGCGGCGCGAGCGAUCGCGGGGGUGUCGGGCUUCGGCUACGACCACCUCAUCCUCAACGUGGAGUGGGCCAAGCCCUCAACCAACUGAGCCGCUCCCAGUUCGGCCCCGGUUCGGCCCCAGUUCAAUAAAGCCCCGGGUUCUGGGAUUUGGGCACAGCCCGAGGCUUCCAGCUGGGAAAAAAC